AAUACAAGCAUAGUAACAAUCCGUAAGGAAUGUGGAAGUAAUCAUGGUUGUCAUAGAAACUAAAAAGCAAAUUUUGGAAAUAGGUGAAUCAGUUUUCUGUCUUUACCAGGGAAACAAAUGGUGUUCUCAUCUCAUGCAUGGCUCCAAGCUAAUCCGAGAGCGUUAAGGAAUGGAAUUUAGUCGGUUAUGCAGAGUGCCGACCUGUAAAAAGAAACUGCAGGCAAUUUGAAACCAGAAUCAACCCACAUUGAUACUGUUACUUUGUCCUGAUCGAUUCUGCAGAACUUAAGCUACAAAGUAGCUGACUUAAUUGAUUUCAUUUGGAAUUUGUUAUUCCUAAACAGAGAUUUUGUUGACCCCUUUUUUAUUAGAUGUAAAUUCUUCUGCUAUAAAUUUGGCUCUGAACCAUUGGGAGGCAAGGCAAUCUCAUAUCAGGGUUCAGUAACCGUAUCACUUUCUUCUUCCGCGCUUAAGAUCGAAAGAUGGCCAAGGCUCUAAGCUUAGUCAUAUUGUUCUCACUUCUCUGCAAGUUCACAGUUGGUACAGGAAGAGCAACCGAUCUUUCUGCUGCCAUUAAUGCAACAGCACCAGCAGCUGCUCCAUUUGCACUCUCUCUCCGUGACGAUGAAGAUGGUGGCAUUUGUGAUCUCCUGGUCACAAAUCAAGGCUACAUCUGUGAAGAGCACACGGUGACAACUUCAGAUGGUUACAUACUGAGUUUACAGAGGAUCCCAGUUGGGAUUUCAGGUGGCAUAACCCCAGGGAAAAGGACACCAGUCCUUCUGCAACAUGGAGUGUUAAUGGAUGGGAUGACAUGGCUGCUUCUGCCUCCAAACCAGUCCCUAGCAUUUGUUUUAGCCGAUAAUGGGUACGAUGUAUGGAUCGCCAACAGUCGAGGAACAAAGUAUAGCCGCGGCCAUGUCUCACUCACCACAGAUGACAAAGAUUACUGGAAUUGGUCAUGGGAUGAGCUAGUGAACUAUGAUCUUCCAGCUACAGUUGGUUAUGUUCAUAACCAAACUGGGGAGAAAUUGCAUUACAUUGGACACUCACAGGGGACUUUGAUAGCUCUUGCUUCCUUAUCAAAGGGUCUGUUGAUGGACAAGCUGAGAUCAGCUACAUUGCUUUGCCCCAUUGCAUAUCUUGGUCAGAUGACCUCCUUCCUGGCCAGAGUUGGUGUUGAUCUAUUCAUUGCUAAGGAUCUGUACUGGUUAGAUUUCAAGGAAUUCAAUCCCAAAGGGAUUGAUGUUGCAAACUUGCUUCACAACAUCUGCAAUGUACCUGGUGUAGACUGUGGAGACCUGAUGACUGCAAUUACAGGUCAGAAUUGCUGUCUGCAAUCUUCCACAGUGGACCUGUUUCUCAAAUAUGAACCACAACCUACAUCAACGAAGAACAUGAUCCACUUUGCACAGAUGGCGAGGCGAGGAACGUUGGCGAUGUACGAUUAUGACGACGAAUACGAGAACAUGAACCACUAUGGCCAGCCUAGCCCUCCAGAGUACACCAUGACAACCAUUCCUGACGACUUCCCUCUCUUCUUCAGCUAUGGAGGGACCGACACGCUUUCGGACAAAAGCGAUGUGAGGAUCCUGCUGGAUGUGCUGAAGGGCCGUGAUGAUAGCAAUGGCAAGUUCAUGACUCAGUAUGUGAAUAACUACGCUCAUGCUGACUAUGUCAUGGCUGAUGCUGCUAAAGAGGAAGUUUAUGAUCUCGUCCUGACCUUCCUCAAGCUUCAUUGAGAGAGUACAGAGAGACGACUUGCUUGUGAAUAGAAUGAGAAUCCCAUU